GAUUGUGACAAAAUUAACAAAAAACAAAAACAAGAACAGAACAGCUCGGAAGGACAGCAGACCAAAUUUUUGAAAAACUUAUUAAUAAAAUGGAUUUAGUGCCAGAAAACUCCUCCAGUGCAAACAAGAGAACAACAGCAGGCGGCAGGGUGAAAUGGAGUGCCGCGCUUGAGAGCCUGCUGAUGGACAUAUGGAAGGAGAAAAUUGAAGAUUUGCGCGGACCACGCAAAAAUUCACAUGUGUAAAUUAAGUUGUCCGUAUGUCCAAGUAGCCUUAGCUGCUUGAUGCGGUGGUCCUCGUGCGGGUUCCGUGGUAUAGAAAUCUUUAUGAAGAUUAUGUUGGAGAGAUAACUGUCUCUCUUAUCACUGGCCUUGUGGUACAGUGGUAUAGAAUUAAUAAUUCAAAGUGUUUACGGCUGGUUGCCGGAGCAAGGUUUAUUAACAAGCGUUAGCUUUCGUUAUAAGAACGGAACUAAAACUAGGAGCCACCAGCAAGCUGGGGCAUAAGCUGAAUCAAAAGUAUUUAAUUGCCAAAGAAUGCAAAGCUACAAAAUAUAUGUACUUAGAGCUACAAAGCUACAGUCGGUAAGCCGACUUGGCAUAAGCGAUAAUGCUGAUCUUGCGGCAUGUGCAAGAUAUCAGAUUACCGCCGGUUGACCGUCACAUUCAGGGCGCUGAACUGAAGUUCGCUGAUUUGGCAUCUUGAGUGCAAACAACAUGGAGCAGAGCACAUUGGACAACGACAAUCCUGAUGAGCACUUUUCGGAUAUUAUUGAGAUGGACCUGGACGGAUCUUGUAGCUCCAGCACCUUGUCUGGGCGUCCGCCAAAGAAAAAGAAAAAGACCGACAUUUCGUGGCUGGCAGAGAUCGCCCAGGAGCGUCUCGAACAACAAAAGGACCACCACAGAAAGAAGGAGGAGCACGACGUUAGGCAGGAGAAGAUGGUGCAGGACUUGAUCAGCACCCAAACAAAAUUCCAGAACGACUUAUUAGAAGUCUUAAAAAAUAAAAAUAAAUAAGUUU